AUGCCGAGCAUAGGAGUCAAAAAGUAUAAGAUCACAGAGCCAUGGAUUCGCCUCAAUUGCGCGCUCGGCGAAGGACCGUUCUGGGAAGACAAAACCAACAUGCUCCGGUUCAUUGACGUCGAAAAGAUGGAAUAUCACCGUGUUGACUUGAACGCCGGCCCUUCAAGCUAUAAGCUGGUGAGGAAGAUGGACGUUUCAAUAGGAUGCACAGCGGAUAUCGAAGGCAACGACAGGGAAUUCAUAUUCGGUGGUAAGUACGGCUAUGGCUUAGCCAACAAAGAAACCGGCGAAUACAGGUGGCUCAAAAAGGUCUGGAAUGAAUGGGAAAUUGCGGAGGGCAAACCAAACUACAUGCGCGGAAACGACGGCGCUGUCGACUCGCAGGGAAGGUUCUGGGUGGGCUUCAUGAACGAUCCAUUAGUCAAGGAGCCAGUUGAUGAAGGCUGCGUAUUCCGCCUCGACCCCGACCUCUCUCUCCACCGCCCUCUUGAAAACAUUACGAUCCCAAACGGCACCACCUGGAACGCGCUUGACAAUACCAUGUACUUUGCCGACAGUCCUUUCCGCACCAUCUACAAAUUCGACUACGAUCCAGUUUCCGGCUCCGUCACCAACCGUCGCUCCUACUUCACCAUGCCUGAAGACAACAGGUACGGCGAGAAUGCUGUGCCGGAUGGACAUUGCCUUGAUGAGGAGGGGUACAUGUGGACGGCUCUGCACGGGGGUGCAGCUGUGCUUCGGAUUUCGCCCGAGGGGGAGAUUGUGGCCGAGAUUGAGGUCCCGACGCAGCAGCCCACUUGUCCGUGUUUUUGUGGGGAGGAUCUUGUGAUUACGAGUGCGGGAGGCACGAGUGGGCCGGGUGGGGAGGGGGUGGACGAGUUUGCGGGGAGCGUGUUUAAGAUUAAUGUGGGCGUUAAGGGGUUGAAGAGAUUCAAAUUUAAGGGGGUUGUGGAAGCGGAGGGUGGAAAGGCUGAUGGGAGCGAGAGUAGCAAACAACAGCCUGCUUGA